AUGGGCGGGCGGGGAGCUAUGCGUCGCUGGCUCGUUUAUCUACGGCGAAGCGAUGCGACACCGUGCAACUUGUCCGCGAGACAAGCGACGGCCGGAUAUUUUAGUUGCGUGCCGAUGUGCGAAUGCGAUUGCGAGUGCGUCGUCAGUCCUGUGUGUGUUCGCGGAGCAGUCGUGCCUGCUAGUGCUGGCUUCUCCCGCGUUCUCCUUGGCGCUCAUGCCUAG